AAUAGCCUCGUGUUUCGAUGCUCUUUCUAUUACUUAUGUAACUGAAUUUUUUUUUUAUUUUUCACAGAAGUUGAAGGAAGAGAAGGCAUGGAUACAAGAAGAGUAUGGAUAUUGCAUAAUGGAUGGUCACAAGGAAAAGAUUGGAAACUUCAGGACAGAGUCUCCUGGUCUGUUUAGAGGUAGAGGUGAUAAUCCUAAACAGGGUUUGUUGAAAAGAAGAAUACAGCCAGAGGAUGUUGUAAUCAAUUGUAGCAGGUUAUAUGAGAAGAAAGAGAAAGCAUAUAACAAAGCAAAAGAACAGCUGACGAGACUCGAGGUACAAGCAACAACUAAAGUUGAGAACAAGGAAUUUGCCCUUGGAACCUCUAAACUCCACUACCUUGAUCCUAGAAUCUCCGUGGCAUGGUGUAAAAAGUGGAAGGUACCAGUGGAGAAUGUGUAACAAGACCCAGAGGGACAGGUUCUGGUUGGCAAUUGUCAUGACUGAUGCAGAUAUCCGGUUUUGACAGUAGCAAAUAAGGCCUAUUUGGCAUGGUGGUAACCGUCACUUUUUAACCACUUGUGCCUCUUCACUGUGAUUUUGAAUAUCGCCAGAGAGUCUACUUGGUGUGGUGGUAACUGUGACUUUGACUUCAGCCACAUGCUCCCCUUCACUGUGAGUUUGAAUCCAGCCAGGAAAUUAGAAUCUUUUACGUGUGGAAGCUACUAAACUAGCUACAGAAUGCUGAUGGUUCAACUAGGGCACAGGCUUAUGGCUGAAUAACGUGCUAUUGGGUUGGAAAGUCAGGAUAUGACCCUUACAGUAUUGGGUGUCAACCUUCAUUGUACAACUCAAAGUGAAACAUGCCAUAUAGAAAUAAUUCAAAUCUGUUGUAUUUGAAUAUUUUUUAUAACCAUGCAAAGAUAAAAGAAUUGUUUAUUUUUUUGUGAAAUUUUGUUUAUAUCAUUGGAAAAUGAAAAAUAGUGUAGUGCUUAAUAUGUAUAACAGAAAUGAAGAUUCUGCGUGUGUUUUACUUAAAAAAUUUAAUCCUAAUUAUUUUUUGAUCUCUUUACAGUGUUUACACUUUUAUAUAAAUGGUGAAAUUGGUUAUCCAACUGCUACACUGGGAUAAGUAAUAGAAAGAGCAUCAAAGCAUGAGGCUUUCUUGUUUGUACGAGGAGGCGUUUCCUCCCCUUCACAUUUACAUUAGAAAGGUCUCCAAACUAUGAUACAAUACAUAGUUACUGGUUGACCUGGUUUACACAACUUAAACAAAACAAUACAAGGUUUUAAUUGUUAAUACUCUUUGUGAGCCGUUGACCUUGCUAUGAAAAGAAAAGAUGGGUCCAAAUUUUUCACUGCAAUAAACUAGAAUGGUACACUGUAGAAAGAACAAAAUGGAUGUUACAUUUUUAAAGUGCACGAAAUUUUCU